AUGCCAAGACCUCUUUACAAUGAGGAAGAAGUUGACUAUAGCAAUAGAUUAAUCCAUGAUGAAUUGCGUUAUAAUCGCCGUUCUCUGUUAGAGGAACAUCAACAAUUAUUAAUGAAUUUGGCAGCUGAACAAAAGUCGAUUUAUGAUAAAAUUAUGAGGGCGGUGAAUGAAGCCAAAGGUGGAUUCUUCUUUUUGUAUGGUUACGGGAGAAUUGGCAAGACUUGUAUUUGGAAGACUCUGUCUUCUGGCAUACAAUAUAGAGGUGGUAGAAUAGCUCAUUCGAGAUUUGCAAUUACUCUCAAUCCAACUGAAGAUUCCACAUGCAAUAUAACGCAAGACACAUCCUGUGCUGAUAAACCUUUUGGAGGUAAAAUAGUUGUUCUUGGUAGUGACUUCAGACAAAUUUUGCAUGUUAUUGCAAAAGGAUCUAGGCAAGAUAUUGUUAGUGCUACUCUUAAUUCGUCGUAUUUAUGGACCCACUGUGUAGUCUUAAAUCUAACAAAGAAUAUGAGGUUGCAAAUAGAUCAGUUAGAUGCACAUUUGGAUGAGGUAAGAAAUUUUUCUGAAUGGAUUUUGGCAAUCAGUGAUGGAAGGAUUGGGAGUUCCAUUGAUGGCAUUGAGAAGGUCCAAAUCCCUGAUGAUCUUCUCAUAAGUAAUUGUGAUGAUCCAAUAUCGGCAAUUGUUGAAAGUACAUAUUCAGAUUUCUUUAGCCAUUCCAGUGACAUAGAUUACCUCCAACAAAGAGCAAUUCUUGCUCCGACUCUUGAUAUGGUGGAAUCAAUCAAUGAAUAUAUGGUUUAA